AUGAAAUGUAUCAAAGUUAUUGAAUCGAACAGAGUUAACAAGCUGGCUACGAUUGGAACAGACGUUUCUAAGAUAGCCAUAAAAGAGCUUUACAAGUACUGGGACAAGAAGAAAGAUGGAUCGGAUCGGGUUUUGGUGGACAUGAAGCAGUGGUUUGGGGACUUGAAUUUGAAUGUUGUUCUCAGAAUGGUUGCUGGGAAGAGAUAUUUUGGUGCAACUGCUGACAACGAUAAAAUAGAAGCAAGGCAGUGCCAGAAAGUGAUGAGGGAUUUCUUUCAUUUGGCUGGAGUUUUUGUUACAGAUAAAACAAUCCCUUUUCUUGGAUGGUUGGAUUUAGGUGGAUACGAGAAAAGAAUGAAAGAAACGGGACAAGAAAUGAAUAAAAUUGUCGGCAAAUGGUUGGAAGAGCACAAGCAAAAGGCAAAUUCCGGUAGUAAUCAGGAUUUCAUGGAUGUGAUGCUUUCAACUUUAGAAAAAUCAGGCCUUCAAAAUUAUGAUCGAGAUACCAUUACGAAAGCAACAUGCACUAGUUUGAUUUCUGGUGGAGCAGACACCUCCACUGUUAUGCUAGUAUGGGCAAUAUCUUUGUUAUUGAACAACCCCCAUGUAUUGAAAAAGGCUCAACAAGAAUUAGACAUCCAUGUUGGAGAAGAAAGGCAAGUGACGGAAUCAGAUAUUAGUAAACUGGUUUAUCUUCAAGCCAUUGUCAAAGAGACUUUACGAUUAUACCCUGCCGGUUUCCUGGGUGGCACAAGAGAAUUCUCCCAAGAUUGCAAAUUAUCCGGUUAUCAUAUUCCAAAAGGUACAGUACUAAUUGUAAACAUUUGGAAAUUACAAAGAGACCCCCGAGUAUGGUCCGACCCGUUGGAGUUUAAGCCAGAGAGAUUUCUCACGACUCAUAAAGACUUCGAUGUUAAGGGUCAGAAUUUUGAACUGAUCCCAUUUGGAGCUGGUCGAAGGAUUUGCCCUGGCACAACUUUUGGCAUUCAGAUGUUAAACUUGGUCCUCGCUAAUUUGUUGCACGCAUUUGAACUUUCAACUCCCUUUGAUGACAAAGUUGAUAUGAGUGUGAGUGCUGGACUGACAAAUAUGAAAGCAACCCCUCUUGAUGUGAUCCUUCGCCCGCGAUUAUCUCCAAGUCUGUAUUAAGUAGAAAGACAUAANAAAUGGAUAAU